AUUUGCCCUGCAUGGAUCGGCAGCGUCCGCCCUCAAAGAAGAAAGAGGAGCUCACGCCUGAAGAGCUCUGGAAGCGCGUGAGCCAGCAGCUAUCGUCCAAGAAGCAGGAGGCGUCGCAGCGCGUGCAGAAACGACGGAGCCAGCGAUUUCUCGUCGUUCGCGUCCGAAAUCGCGAAGAUCACUGCGGAGCGCCUUUCCACCCAGAGCAGAUCAAGCUUCUUUUACACGGAGACCCGAGAAUUCGUUCCUCAACAUGCCCCUCUUUAAAGAGCUCGAGACGAAAUACCCGAUCAAGAACAGGGCGCAAGACACCCUCGUUUUUCCCCAAGUCGCCGCUUUAUUUAUUCGACAAUCCCAGCUUCUACAAGCGCUUCGACUUGGACACGCUUUUCUUCAUAUUCUACUACUGCAAGGGGACCGUGCAGCAGACAUAUGCAGCCAUCAGGCUAAAGAACUACGCAUGGCGGUACCAUCUGAAGUACAAAAUGUGGUUCCAGCGCCUCGACGAGCCCAAGCUCAUCACAUCCGAGUACGAGAAGGGCGAGUCUAUAUUCUUCGACUACGAGACAACAUGGAAUUUCAUGAAGAAGAACGACUUUGUAUUCGAGUAUUUCUAUCUCGAGCAAAACGACCAUUAUUAGCCUCAAAUACUGCGCCCUGCAAUUAAGUAAAUUUAUGUUGCAUAGUUCGCGGAGCGUCUCCGUCUUGCUCGGGCUAGCUAUUCACUUGCCGUCCU